CAAUGAAGCUUUUUCUGCUGCAAGCUUCCUGUAGCUCCACGAGGACUUGCCCCUGCCUGCAGCGCCACUGACUUUGUCAUUGAGCGCUACCGAACCCGGCCUACUGGACCGACUGGUUUUACCGUCCCGGGCAGCACUUACGGACCAUCUCCCUUUCGCCAGAAUAACCCCGCAGCCUCAUGGAUGUAAAGGCGUCAAGUUCGGAGAAGUCUCAGCUGAUCCACGACAAAAACCACAAGACGUAUUGCGAGCGCGUGCACAGUUCCUUCCCAGACCCCAGCGAGCGCUUCCCUGACCUCCCUCUCAAGAAUGGCGGCGUGGCGGGCAACGUGGAUCCCAAGCGGCUAGCCGGUGGCCACUGCCACCGCCGUCCGGUUGCAGUGGCCGCCGGCGGAGAAGACACCAUGUUGGCUAAAAAGAAACUAUACCUCGCAUCUGCAGUAUGCCUCGUCUUUAUGAUCGGCGAAAUCAUUGGAGGCUACCUUGCUCACAGCUUGGCCAUCAUGACUGACGCGGCCCACCUCUUGACUGACCUGGGCAGCAUGCUGGUUAGCAUCUUCUCCUUGUGGAUCUCCUCCAGACCCGCCACCAAGAACAUGACCUUCGGAUGGCACCGCUCAGAGAUCCUGGGUGCAUUUUUAUCCGUCAUUUCCAUCUGGAUGGUGACGGGCGUGCUGGUCUACUUGGCCAUCGAGAGGAUUGUCCGCAACGACUAUGAGAUCGAGGGUCGCGCGAUGCUGCUCACAUCCGCCUUUGCGGUCAUAGUGAACAUCUUCAUGGCGUACAUCCUACAUCACUCCACCACCUUCCACGCCCACGGCCGCGGCUACCAGCACAUCGACGAGGCCCAAAGCCCCCAGGCCCCUCACAGCCAUUCCCUCUUGGGCGGCGCCCACGGCAGCACCAGUGUCCGGGCGGCGUUCAUCCACGUGGUCGGAGACCUGCUCCAAAGCGUCGGCGUCAUGGUGGCCGCCAUCAUCAUCUACUUUCGGCCUGAGUACAAAGUGGUCGAUCCCAUCUGCACCUUCCUCUUCUCCAUUUUUGUUCUGUGCACUACUUUCACCAUCCUCAAAGAUGUCUUCAGGGUACUCAUGGAAGGUUCUCCCAAAGGCAUCGAGUUUAAGUCAGUGAAGGAAGUUCUGCUGUCGGUGGAGUCGGUCCGCUCGGUCCACUCGCUGCACCUCUGGGCUCUCACGCUGGGACAGACGCUGGCCUCCGUCCACCUGGCUGUCGACCAAGACGCCGACUCACAAUCGGUCCUGCAGGAGGCCUCGGAGCUUCUCCGUACCAAGUUCGGCUUCCACAGCGUCACCAUUCAGGUGGAACGCUACCACAGCGACAUGCUAAGCUGCCAACUCUGUGAGGACCCUUUAGACUGAGCCCUGGAAAAAAAAUCUCCGCCAAUUCAUGACACCAAGCUCUCAAACUGCAGAAUGUCCACCAACGUCGAAACCAAAAGAGUCCCUAGAUGUACUGUGUUGUUUGCACGACCGUUUAAAAAGAAAAAAUGCUGACACCUAUGAUGGUGCUGAUGUCAUUGAUUACGUGGGUCCAAUUAUCUUUUAAUACAAGACUAUUCCAAUGCAGUCAUCAGUGCCGAUUAAUAUUCCUGACCAUCAAUUUUUGUGAUACUUGGAAAGUACCGUAAUCGCUAUGGAUCAGUAAGACCUGAUCACAACUGCUCAAACUCACUGCCUAACUUGUCUUAAGGAAGACAAAGCCACUGCCAUUUAUCGUAAAUGAUUUAAUACGAUGGCUAAUCGUCAUGACACGGUUGAUUUGCAUUUUUUUUUUCCCCCUAUAAAGGGCUGCAUUUCAUUUAUGUUUAAAAAAAAAAAAAAAAAAACACCAAAAGCAAUUAAAGCUCCAUUUUGGGAUCAACCAAUUGAGCCACUUGACUAGGUACACCAGUAAAAUGGCUUCCAACUUUGUUUAUAAAUGACAAAAUAUUACAGUUAUAAUACAAUCAAAAUGAGAUUAUUCACGUUGGACUGGUGAACCUAAUGAAAUGUCCAUUUUUGUGUCAUGAAACGUGAAAUGUUUGUCCACAAGUGCAAUUGAGGUUUGUCGGUUGUUUGUCGUCUGCAUGUUUGUUUGUGUGAUCGAUUAAAACAAUGGAAAAAUCAUCUUCGUUUAAAAAAAUAGAGAAUCAAAUCAAUAAAGCUUGCACAGUCCCUCUUUUACCACGCAACGGUACAUCCCGGUAUUCCAAGAUGUCCGACCACCGCGUUCAUUUAUUUCUUUUUAAUCGAAACAAUGAGCUGUUUGGUUGUUGGGAUUGAUCGAUUCUAUGCUUGCAUGCUCGUCAGCUGUGAGUCUGUAAUGUUGUGCUCAAGUGCCAAUCACACACGGGCGGGGAAAAUCCCUGAAAUAAGACACACAGUGAAUGUAACGUAUCCAAUUUUUGUGAAUGCUCCGUGCCGUGUUGUCUGUGUAAAUAUUGCCUACAUGUGUAAAUACACUUUCUGUCCUUGUGUGACGUUUGCGUGUUGUCUUUUGUAUCACUUCACGGAAUAAAACAUCCCACAAGAUGA